AUGGAUAAAAAUGAUAGACCUUGGCUUUUGAAGUUCUUAAAUCACGCCGCUGAACUUCAACAGCAGUUCUCCAAAUCACCACUAGCGCUUCCUAAUCUCACAGAGGUCUCGAUGUACCAAGAGUGGGAAGAUGGUGGGAUUCGAACCUCCGAGGCUACUGCCCUUCUUCAAUUGGACUCGGUCAAGACUUUUAGCGCCAGUAACUGCUGGCUUUACGAUGAUGGGCUGGGCUGGAGCGGAGUGAGAAAACCUCAGUUUUCUGCCACGAGUUUGGAAAUCAGCAUCGCGUAUGACAGUGAGAGAACCUUGCCACACCAGCGAAACUUCUAUUCACGUUUUCCUUUACUUGAGCGUUUUCAUUAUGACGAAGGUCUUUGGUCCAUUUCUCCAUCCCUAGUCAGCGACCUCAUGCAAGGCUUGUCUGGUGUCACAUCCACCCUCCUGGAUUUCAGCCUCUGGAUGGACAACAGUGAUUGUGUGGAAUGGCGAGAGGUUGAGAAAUUCUCAAUUGGUUCUCUCGCAAAUUCGAAAAAUUGA